CGCACUGCCCCAACCGAGAACAAUUUGAAAACCCACCCCAUCAUACUUAAAAUCUAGGACAAAGAGCCGUCGGGACGGAACUGCUUCGACUGCAAAGCUUCAAGCGCAGCCUGGGAGCGGCCUGGUGGCCCUAUCCCGGCAGCUCUACAGAGCAGAGCGCCCUGGGUCCCUGAAACUCGAAACCCCGGCUCAGAACCAGCGGAAACCAAAGCGAAAUCCUUGAACUUCUUUGGACAAUUGCUUCCGGGCGUUUGCAGAGAGCCUGGGGACCUGACCAGAGCCCAGGCCGCGUAUGGCGCGCCCCUGAUGUCCCACGGACGCCAGCGAGGCCAGCGCUCCGGCUGCAGCAUGGACCGCGCGGGGAGCCUGGGUGCGGGCCUGCGGGGACUCUGCGUGGCUGCACUCGUGCUCGUGUGCGCCGGACACGGGGGCCGCCGCGAGGACGGGGGACCAGCUUGCUACGGAGGAUUCGACCUCUACUUCAUCCUGGACAAGUCAGGAAGCGUGCUGCACCACUGGAAUGAAAUCUACUACUUCGUGGAGCAGCUGGCUCAUAGAUUCAUCAGCCCACAGCUAAGAAUGUCCUUCAUUGUCUUCUCUACUCGAGGGACAACUUUAAUGAAACUAACUGAGGACAGGGAACAGAUCCGACAAGGCCUAGAAGAGCUCCAGAAAGUUCUGCCAGGAGGAGACACUUACAUGCACGAAGGAUUUGAGAGGGCCAGUGAGCAGAUUUACUAUGAGAACAGUCAAGGAUACAGGACGGCGAGCGUCAUCAUCGCGCUGACGGAUGGGGAGCUGCACGAGGACCUCUUCUUCUACUCAGAGAGGGAGGCUAACAGAUCCCGAGACCUUGGUGCCAUUGUUUACUGCGUUGGUGUGAAGGAUUUCAAUGAAACUCAGUUGGCUCGGAUUGCAGACAGUAGGGACCACGUGUUUCCUGUGAAUGACGGCUUCCAGGCUCUCCAAGGCAUUAUCCAUUCAAUUUUAAAGAAAUCCUGCAUUGAAAUUCUGGCGGCUGAACCAUCCACCAUCUGUGCGGGAGAGUCCUUUCAAGUGGUCGUAAGAGGAAAUGGCUUCCGACAUGCCCGCAAUGUGGACAGGGUCCUCUGCAGCUUCAAAAUCAAUGAUUCGGUCACACUCAAUGAGAAGCCCUUCGCUGUGGAAGACACUUACUUGCUGUGCCCAGCGCCAAUCUUGAAAGAAGUCGGCAUGAAAGCUGCACUGCAGGUCAGCAUGAACGACGGCCUGUCCUUCAUCUCCAGUUCCGUCAUCAUCACCACCACACAUUGUGUAAGUCAGAACCUCCCAGCUCAUUGCCAUUAUUGUGACAUCUGUGUCCCCUCCAGUGGUGGCACCACAGGUGGCUAUGCUACAAUUCAUACCACAGGUGGCUAUGCUACACUUCACACCACAGGUGGUUAUGCCACACUUCACACCACAGGUGUGACUAUGCUACAAUUCACACCACAGGUGACUGUGCCACACUUCACAUCACAGGUAGCUAUGCUACAGUUCACAUCACAGGUGGCUGUGCUACAGUUCACACCACAGGUGGCUGUGCUACAGUUCACAUCACAGGUGGCUAUGCUACAGUUCACACCACAGGUGGCUGUGCUACAGUUCACACCACAGAUCAUCAAGGAGGUCCCUCCACCCCCUGUUGAGGAGAGUGAGGAAGAAGACGAUGAUGGUUUGCCUAAGAAGAAAUGGCCCACGGUAGAUGCCUCUUAUUACGGUGGACGCGGCGUGGGAGGCAUUAAAAGAAUGGAGGUCCGCUGGGGAGAAAAGGGCUCCACAGAAGAAGGGGCGAAGUUAGAAAAGGCAAAGAACGCGCGAGUCAAGAUGCCAGAGCAAGAAUAUGAGUUCCCAGAACCCCGAAACCUCAACAACAACAUGCGCCGGCCUUCCUCCCCUCGGAAGUGGUACUCGCCUAUCAAGGGAAAACUCGAUGCCUUGUGGGUUCUGCUGAGGAAAGGAUACGAUCGAGUGUCCGUGAUGAGACCACAGCCAGGAGACACGGGACGCUGUAUCAACUUCACCAGAGUGAAGAACAGUCAGCCAGCCAAGUAUCCCCUGAACAACGCCUACCACCCCAGCUCCCCCCCUCCCGCUCCUAUCUACACACCCCCACCCCCUGCUCCCCACUGCCCUCCCCCAGCCCCCAGUGCCCCCACUCCUCCCAUCCCUUCCCCACCAUCCACUCUUCCCCCUCCUCCUCAGGCCCCACCCCCUAACAGGGCACCGCCCCCCUCCCGACCUCCUCCAAGGCCUUCUGUCUAGAACCCAAAGUCCGAGCUCUGGGCUGCCUGAGCAACUCCAGCAGGAGGCUCCUCUGCUGACAGAAAGAUCUGCCCAGCCUAUGUGGUGAGCGGCGGCGGCUGAUGUUUGCACGAUUUAAAAGCAAGUCGUGAUGGGCAGAACAAAAUGGGCAUUUUGAACUGCCUGAAGAUAGACAAUGAGACAAUGACAGUCACAUUAUAGCCUGUGACCCCUCACCUCUAAAAGAAGGUUCCAGAGAUGGCCAUAUUGCCACAAUGCUCUCAGCCAGAUUAUGUCCCAUGGAGACCAGGAGGAAAGUGACUUCCAAGAAUGGAAUGCAGCAUUGGAUAAGAAACGCCUGGCUGAGAUUCGGAAUGCCACCUCACUGACUUGACUAUUGACUCUUGGACUGGGAACCAGGCCAUCUCUACCCCUGGGUGCCACCCAGCAACUCUGAAAAUGUGCGGUGUCCCUAGUAUGCAUCAAAUAGGUAUCCAGCUGGGAUCUGCAGGCUGCCUUAUAAGGAACAUAUGCUCUAUUCUCUUUCCCAAACUUCCUGGUUUCCCAGUGAGGAGGGAAGGGGAAAGGUGAUGUCAUGCUUAGAAGUUAGAGGAAGUCAGUGCUCAGCACUGAGGGGAAAGCAUUGAUGGGAGCAUCCAGCUCUUGCAUCUAGAAAUGGCUGGCUUCAGCCAGGCACAGUUCCUAAACCAACAAGCCUUGUCAUUGUCAAAGGCAACCUGCUAAUGAUUCACCUUAAACAUCAAGGUUGGCUGUGGCAUAGAUCAGAGCUGAUCACACAGAACCUUCCACAUGAAAUCACAAGGUCCUUCAGCUUCAGUACCCCAGAGAUUUCUAAAUCCAGCUAAGAGACAGUAGUCCUGACUUGGUAAGAAAACCAUUCCCAGUUGUUUUACUCUGAAACAGGCCAUUGUAUGUAUGGUAUAUCUCUCCUUGGCAAUUCAACCUGCCCACAAGUAUUACCAGUUAUGAAACAAGGAGAAAUACAUCCACUGUGUAAUAGAAAAGCUCUGCCCGAAACCCCCACACCACUCCUCUAUAUUAUUCUAAAGCUGUUUGAUCAGCAAGCCCUUUAACCUCAUGUAGACUCUGGAAAAUGUCACCCAAUCAUGAAAACAGAGGUCAUUGUCAAAGGCAGUGUAUAGCCCAUACAAAAUGAUGCUUCCUUCCUCAGUUUUCUACAGGCCCCAAAAUUCCUGUCUUAGGCUUCUAAACCUCUAAACUUUUCCCUGGAACAAAAGAUAUAAAAUGGGCAUAAGUUUUUAUGCUUUGGGCUGUGAUCUCCAAAGAUCCUUCAAGAACUCAAGUUAGCCUCAUUCUUUCAGCCUGUUUAGAACAGAGGCAUCCAGGUGCCAUGCAUUCCAUAGACACCAAUCCUUGUUGCCAAGGCAGACAUUAUUAAUCAAUCUCAGCACUAGUUCUCAAUGUAAUCCAAUUGUAUUUUCCCACAAUACUUCACAUCUCUUAUGACCUGUUGGUCAUCAGUUAGAAUUGAGAGAGAUAAACACUGUUUGUAAUCCCUACCUUAGAAAGAAAAGCAGAGGAGAAUGGGGGAACCACCAGCAUAAAAGUUGUUAUCUGGGGAAAAUCAACCUGGAAGAAUGCCCAAGUCCAAGACCUGUGGUACUGACACCAAAGCAACACUUUCCCAAGUGUACCCCAGACCUCACCUUUCUUCCUGUGGCCACCACUCCCUGCUUUUCAGGAGUUAUGGAAAAAAAAAAUCUCCCUCACCCUUACUGUGCCCCCACACUAUCCCCGAGUUAGAACAAGGCUUGUUUAAUGUAGUCCCUUGUUAAACAGGUGCCAGAAUGUCUCAACCACCUGAGAUGACAUUGCUGGGCCCCAGAAAACCAUUCCAAGGAGAAUGGGCUCCCCAGGCUCAGAGCAUGCAGACCAUGAGCCCAUGGCAACGUUUUGACUGCAGGCAGUACAAAACGGGCCACCCCACACUACAGCUGCAGGAUUUGUGCAGCCAUAAGAAAGUAUGAACCAAGAUGCUGGCGUUGCUGUUCAACAAGCAUGGGCUUCGGGGAAGGCAGCAGACUCUGAGAGCAGGCCUUGUGCAGUGUUCCAAGGGACUGUGGUGAAGUGUCUGAGGAAAAAUGAAUGCUGAUACAUGGUGAUUCUGAGAAGAAUUUGCAAGGUUUGACCUUAGAAUUGACGGAAUGUCUUCCCUGGUCAUUCAGAAUUAUGGCUAGAAGUUUCUAGAAACUGUCAAGGUUACUACCUUUCAUAGUAGGUGACUACAGGCAGGAAGAGCCUUGACGUGGUUUUCUGUGUCAUUCCCUGUGAGCAACAGGAGAUGGUGGUUGUAAUUAGCAAACUGCAUGUGUUAUUUGUUUGUCCCCUUGUUAUUGUCCUUACAGAGGAUCUUUUUUUAUAUAAGCCAAAUUUUGUUGUAUAUAUUCAUAUUCCACAUGACAGAUGGAAGCACAUCCUAUCAGUGUGAAUAAAAAGAACAGUUGUAGUAAAUUAUUAAAGCCAGUGAUUUCAUGGCAGGUUACCCUACCAAGCUGUGCUUGUUGAUCUCCCAUGACCAUACUGCUUUUACAAUGUACAAAUAGUUACUGAGUGACGACACCCUCCUUUACACAACGCCGAUGACAGCCUUGCUGGGAACUGCGGUCCUUCUGCUGUGACAGCCAGCUCGCAAACAGGUCCUGCCUGGAGCUUGCCACACACUUUAGGGAGACAUAAGAGCUGUCUUUCCCCAGCGUCGGGGGCAAAGCUACCAUAAACAAGUGGGAAAGUCUUGGCUCUCCAGCCUGGGACAGAGGUCUCACUGGAACCCCAAAGAGGAGCAGAAAUGAUCCAUCAAGGAAUAAUUGUGAGAUAAUGACCGACAGUUCAGGUGGAAAGGGAAUUCAUGCUGUGUAAAGUGGGUGGAAUCUGUUAGCAAGCUACCCAAAGCCAGAUCGUACUCACCAGAAGGAUCAAAAGGGUUUUUUAGUUAUCUGAGCUCGGCUGAGUUAUCACGCUUGGAGAACCGAUUUAAAAGAAUUAGAAUAUGAUUUCUGAAUACACAUAACAUUAAACUCUUCUCUUUUUCUAUGGUAAUUUAGUUAUGGUUGUUCAGCGUCUCUUGAGUUAUUGUUAUUAGAGACUUGUCAUCACCACGCUGCGCUGUAGGAGACUGGGCUGAACCUGUACAAUGGUAUACCCUGGAAGUUGCUUUUUUAAAAAAUAAUAAUAAUAAACACCUAAAAUCAG